ACCAGAGCCAUUUUCGUUUUCGAUUUUCUUACGGAGAGAGAGACAGAGAGAGAGAGAGAGCUAUAGUGACGAUGUCGACCCUUAGAGUUCCUCAACAAGUUCCUCCUGCAUCCGAAGACUGUGAGCAGCUCAAAAAGGCCUUCAAAGGAUGGGGAACCAAUGAGGACUUAAUCAUAUCCAUCUUGGGGCAUAGAAAUGCCGCUCAAAGAAAGGUGAUCCGACAAACUUAUGCUGAAGCUUAUGGAGAAGAUCUUCUCAAGGAGCUGGAAAAAGAACUUACAAGUGAUUUUGAGAGGAGUACACUGCUUUGGACACUUGAUCCAGCUGAACGCGAUGCAUUUUUGGCCAAUGAAGCAACAAAGAAGUGGACUAAAAGCAAUCAGGUUCUUACUGAAAUAGCCUGCAGUAGGUCUUCACUUGAACGACUCUUGGCAAGGCAGGCUUAUCACUCUCGCUAUAAGAAGUCCCUCAAAGAGGAUGUUGCACAUCACACAACCGGGGACUUUCGCAAGCUUUUGGCCCCUCUUGUUAGCUCAUAUAGAUAUGAGGGAGAUGAGGUGAACCUGACACUGGCAAAAUCAGAGGCUAAGCUACUGCAUGAGAAGAUCUCAGACAAGGCCUACAAUGAUGAGGAUAUCAUCAGGAUUUUGGCCACGCGGAACAAAGCACAGAUCAAUGCAACUCUCAAUCACUACAAAAAUGAAUUUGGGAAUGACAUAAAUAAGGAUUUGAAAGCUGACCCCAAGGAUGAGUACCUUGCAAUACUAAGGGCCACAAUUAAGUGCUUGGUCCGCCCUGAGAAGUAUUUUGAGAAGUCUCUUCGUCUGGCAAUCAACAAACGAGGAACAGAUGAAGGAGCUCUCAGUAGAGUUGUCACUACAAGAGCUGAGGUUGACAUGAAUCUUAUAAAGGAACAGUACCACAAAAGAAAUAGUGUCACUCUGGACCAGGCCAUUAAAAAAGACACUACUGGAGAUUACGAAAAAAUGCUUCUGGCCCUGGUUGGACAUGAGGAUGCUUGAGCUGUUCUAGUCUAAGAGUUUUGUGGAGGCAAUGUAUCUUAUAUGUGGUUUCCUGACUAUGUUUGCUUUUUUAUGUCUGUUCGAAUAAAACUAUCUGCGGCAAUCUGAUAUAACAUCUUCAUAUUAUGAAAUAAA